UGAAAUACGUGAGAGUCUUGCUAAACUCCAGAAUAUAGUGCCUUCUGGAGCCACAAACAUGCAGGAAGGAUUUAAAAAGGCAAAUGAGCAGAUUAAACAAGCAAACACUCGAGAAAAAAAGACUCCCAGCAUUAUUUUCGCUCUGACCGAUGGAACUCUGCUGCCACAGCCCUAUGGAAAGACCAAGUCGGAAGCUGAAAAGGCUCAGAAACUGGGGGCAAUUGUUUUCUGCAUUGGUGUAAAAGACUAUAUGAAAAACCAGCUGUUGGACAUUGCAGACAGCCCAGAUCACGUGUUUGGAGUGGACGAUGGAUUUAAGGGUCUACGAAACAUCAUAGGAAAACUCGUGGCUAAGUCUUGUAUGGAUAUUACAAAAGUGGAGCCUUCCUCUUUCUGUGCGGGAG